AAAUAAUCUUUCAUUUCUUUCUCUUUCGUUUCUUCUCCUUUUUAUUUUCCCUUCCUUUUUCUUCAAAUCAAAGCACUGCUACUUUUUUUUUCUUCUUCAAAAUCAAAACAUUGAUACAAUAUUGUCAAAAAUCUCAUAAAAUUAUCACAAAUCUCACAAAGGCAAAGGGAACUUUGUCACAAAUCUGAAGAAUUAGCAAACGAAACAACAUUUUUUAUAAAUCUGUUAAGGCAAAGGAAAUUUUUGUCACAAAUCUGAGGAAGCCAAUGGAGACUUUGUUAUGAAUCUGAUGGGAAAGCAAAUGAAAUUUUUUCGCAAAAUCUGAUGAAAGGCAAAGACUUCGUCACAAAUCUGACGAAGGAAAAUUAAAGGAAAAAAUAAUCCAUUUACGCCCAUGGACGAGCUAGAAUUUCGACGGCUUCUUGAACGAUUCCCGAUCGUUAGGUUUCGUGAUUAUCAUAUUGAUUCAGACACAUCAAGACGAACAACAACUCAGUCUUUAGAGAAAGAGGAGGUAACGCAAUGGAAAGAUGCAUGGAGUAAGGGACAUAAACAAGAGGCUGGGAUUCAUCGUGGUGGUGCAUUUUGGGGCAAAGUAAGAGAAGCUGCUGAGAAAAAGGUCUUGAAGGAACAACUUCUUGCAGCUUUACGUACUCAAUCAGGAGUCCAAUAUGAUCCUAGCGAGGAAGUGUUGAUGGCUGCCCGGCACAUUGAUGAGAGGCAGGCGUCCAAUGUUGCAGGUCCAUCUCAUAUACCCCGCUCUUCGGCCUAUGCAUCUUCAUCAAUACCCAACCGAAUAACAAGUAUCGAGGAGGAUUUGGAUCACAUACGCCAUUUUCAAGCCUAUCAGGUGAAGCACAAUCAAGCAAUUGCUGAGAUGCUACGAACUAUGGCACUUCACCAUGGAAUGAACAUGGAUAAUUUUCCUACUUGUCCUUCAUAUACGCCCCCAAGGGGAAAGGCAACGCUCGAUGAUGACGACGAUGAUGAUGACGAGGAGGAGGAGGAGGAGGAGGAGGACGACGACGACGACGACGAGGAGUGAGCCAUCCUACUCAGGAACGUUUCCUUUUUCAAUACACAUCCUUGCCUCAAGUAGAAAAAGUUUAGCGUGGAAGAUCAAUUUCGUUCUUAUAAGUAGCUUGGAAUGUCCAAUGGUGUUGCAUUUGGAGGCAAAACAUUUUGUAUCCGUCAAGAAUGUUAAAAUAGUUUGUCAUGGCAAGAGAAAGGGAAUACCACAACAGUCCUUCCCUUUUCAUUUUUGUAUAAACCUAUUUUGGUCCAAGGGGGAGAUAACAAGUGAGAAAUUGUGUUUGGUAGGGAUGGAGGUGCCAAAACUAUGAAUAGCACCUCCAAACAUGUAAAGUAAUGUAACAAUUUUGAAGAGGAAAUUUGCUCUUUUUUCUGUGUGUUUA